UUCCCUAUCUUUUUCACAGUGGAUUAUGGAACGUUCCAUAUAUGACAGGGGUGUAUCUGGUGCAAGCACAUGUUUUACCUGCAUUGAGAAAUGGGUAUGACUCUGACAGUCUGGAUGCUGAUAUGGCAUUAUGUAAAACUCUGAGAGAAAAGGGUUAUUUUAUGUUUGUUACAAACAGGAAAGAGUUUGGUUACCUGAUCAACUCAGAUGGAGCACAGACUGGUAGACUUCAUAUUGAAUUAUGGGAAAUAUUUAAUAACCCGUUUGAUUGGGAGAAACGAUACAUACACCCAAAUUAUUCACACAGUUUAGCAGAAAAUGCUGUCAUAGAACAGCCAUGUCCUGAUGUUUUCUGGUUCCCAGUUAUGACAGAAGUGUUUUGUGAUGAGAUAGUAGCAGAGUUAGAAAAUGUCAACAUGUGGUCGGGUGGCAAGAGCGAGGACGCAAGAUUAAGCAGUGGGUACGAGAAUGUUCCCACCGAUGACAUACAUAUGACACAGAUUGAUCUGCAAGAUGGUUGGCUUGAAUUCUUGAGAAAAUAUGUAUCUCCUCUACAGCUAAAAGUUUACCCAGGCUUUUAUUCAGAUGUGAGUGAUCACGUCAUGUGACAUAGAGUUUAUAUUUUGUUUAUCUUUGACUGAUAAUGAUGAGGGUCAUUUUAAUGAAUUUAUCGCAAAAUAACGAGGAUACUGUUGUCGUAUCAUCUGUACAAGUUUUAUUUUAGUUAACAACCAUGUUUAAGUUAUUAUCUUUUACAGAACUAUUUAAUAAGAACCCAUUCAAUUGCGGUUUGAUAUUUACAUGGUAUUGCUCCCUUUUCUUAAAAAAGAAAUUUUCGAUUUUUAGUUUUUUU